ACCAAAAUCAUUGGACUACUUGAACACAAGGGGUUGAAUUGGACCUCUGGCUUCAGAAUCAGAUAUGGAGUGAAAGAGGACUCAGAAAAUAUGAAAGAGUGUCACAUGUCGCAGAACCUGAGACACGAGAUUAAACCAGUAGACAAGCACUAUGGCAUGACAGUAGAGCAUGAGCUCCAGUGUUCUCACAUCACAUUCAUCAAUCACGGGAUUCAGAUCCAACAUGAAAGGAGCCCUGGUCAUAUCCAGUCUUUACUUGACCUAAGCUAUGGCAAUCACUGGAACCAGGGCAGCAAUAAACAAAGAGUCCUCCUGAGUCAGUCCAUCAGGAACCAGUCUGGACAGGGUAUCAGCAGUUAUGGUGUGGAGUUUAGCCUACGAAUCCCAGACAAAGGACUCAAUUGCAGGAGUCAGUUUUUCUACUCCAACCAGAAAAGAAGGCAGUCUGAGAUGAGCACCCAUCUUAAGGUCAAUUAUAAUGACCAGAUUCCUCUAGUAGCUGGGAUUCAUUGGAAAGAUAUGUCUGCAAAAGCUUCAUUAAGAAAAUACGAAGGUUCCGUUAACAUGGACACACCGUGGCUAUUUGUCUACAUGACUCAUAAGUUAUCACAGCUCCAACAAGGCACAACCCAGUUUAGUUCUGAAAUUACAACUCGCAAGUUGGUUACUAUUCGAAACUUGAUGCUGGAUGGCCUCUACAGGGAAAGGGGCAGAGAUAGAGAAGGACACUUAUAUUUAUUCACACCAACACUCACCUAUCUAAAGGCAGGCGGGUACAUCAUAGCAGGGAAACGUCGAGUUAACACCUCAUGUUUCAUCAGCACAGCCUGGAUGCCAACGUUGAGAGGUGAGAUUUCACUUGGGAAUGGAAAAGAGUUGAAGACUCUGGAUAUGAGCACCAGCUAUGGCAAGCAGAAUUUCAACAUCUCUGCAAGCCUCAACAUUGUGGAUAAGAAGCUAAAAAAGAAGUUCUUGAUGAUGGCUAUGACUCUGGCAGACCUAAACAAUUCUUAUGUUGAGCUGGAUAUUGGCGGUAGAGUGGAAGAGCUGAGGAAAAACCUGAACUUGUAUCAAAAACGAUGGAUUCUGCAUUUCAGGCAGCCAUUUACAUUCCUCCCACAAAGUCUACAUCUCCAGAAGACAUUCACUAUUGAUCUGGAUAAAGGAAUCUACACGCUUGAGUCAAAGCUGCUGCUCAGUGAAAACAGAAAAGCUAUUCAUUUGCUGACUUUUGGAUUUCCACCACAACAGUUUCAACCAUAUGUGUGUUCCUCGCUGAUUAAUUCUUUCAAUUUGGAAAAUGUCCCACAAGACUUGGAGAUUUGCAUUAGCAUCCAUAAAAACCAGACUAUGCAAGUGCUGCGAGGGAGGAUGCUAAUUGCUAAAAAGGAGAAGGUUCUGGUUCUCGGUCAGAUGCAACUUUAUGAUGAAGGUUCUUCUCAGCAAAGUGUUGCAAUUAAAGUCAACUUUACUCAGCUGCUACAGAAAGAUGAAGAGGGUGUAAAAAAUUUUUAG